CUCUGUCUGUAGAUAAAGCUCGAUACUGUAUACAUGGUAGAGGCAGACAGUGAUGGAGGCUUUAAUGUGCUAAUACUCACAUAGUUCGCAGCUUCUAUUAUUAGACUUUACACGACUUACGUCAAGAACAUAACUUGACACGGAGACGAAGCACUGACGUCAUCAGACCUGUCACAGUCCACGUGUCUCAUGACUGAUGACGUCCAAAGGAACUGACGUCAAAACCACAGUCAGUGACCUCACAAUAGACGACACACUAUGUUGUUCUUCCGUAGAGUACAACGCUGUGGAAAGGUUUCUUCUCUCUGAUCCUCAUAUCCCGAUGUGGAAGUUCAUCCCGCCUGUCAUCAUCGUGCUCGGCACCUUCGGCAACGUGAUGACCAUCGUGAUGAUGAGACGAAUGAGUGAGGGCCAGUCGUCACACACUAUGUCCUUGUACUUCACAGCGCUGGCCGUGUCCGACCUCAUCAUCCUGUAUUCAGGGUUGCUUAGAAAAUGGUUGUAUUAUUUGUUUAACAUUUUUAUCCCAGAUAUGGAUAUUUCACUCUGCAAGCUAAUCCCCUUUCUAGUCUAUUCCAGUGGUACAAUCUCAGCUUGGAUUAUUGUUGCCAUGACAAUGCAGAGAGUGAUGUCCGUUGUGUGGCCACAUUACAAAAGUCUGUCCUGCACAAAGAAGAAAGUUGGUCUUGUCAUUACAAUUAUUGUCGCCGUACCUUUUGCACUGAAUUCAUAUAUACUUUCGUCAUUUGAAGUAGUAACUGAACUCAAUUCCACUGAACGCUCAUGUUACAUGGCGAAUAACCAGCUGUAUAAUUUCGAUUUUUUCAUCUAUCCUUGGAUCGAUCUGGUAGUGUCUUCAAUCAUUCCAUUCUGUAUCUUAAUAGUCGGUAACAGUGUGUUAGUGUGGAAGGUGAUUCAGUCUGUACACGUGGCCCGUGUGAUGACCGCCGGAGGUUGUGACCAGGUCAACAGUCGCCAGAAAAAGGCCUCGUCACUCACCAUCACUCUCAUCACCGUGUCGCUGGUCUUUCUCCUUCUCUCCUUGCCUGCGUGCAUUUACCUUAUUAUCAUUCCCUACAUUAACACAGAUACUGACAUCUCCUUGGCAACAGUCAGGUUUGUGUGGGUGGUGUGCAACUUGGCUUGGUACGCUAACGGUGCCAUCAAUUUUUACCUGUACUGCCUGACCGGCUCUAGGUUCAGAAACGAGGUCAAAUCUUUGUUUUGUGGACGAUCUUCAUUAAAAAUGUCAGUUGUCACCUCUUUACAUACGAACAAAACCGGCUUCAGUAAAUUUGACAGUCAACAUAAUGAAGAAGGCGGCGACUUUUAAAGAUUUCUCUUCAAUGUAUCAUUCGAUACCCCGGGAAUGUCAGAAUAAUUUAGUCUCGUCUCUAGAAGACAAACAUCUAUGAAACUGUAUUUCUAUAGCGUCUUUCAGUAACAUACACUUUUAAGUUAAAGCUAUUUUAUCCAAACACAACUUUUUAGUAGCAUGCGUACUCAUUUAUAUUAAUACUAGACAGAGCUAUCGUCUGUAUGUGACAAAGACGUUAAGGCUAAAUAUGGAGAGGACUACAACAACGAUGUACAUCUAUGCAUUUGCACGUAGCAUCA